AGUGAAGUCAUAGAAAAAGAGCUCCCCAGUUGCCUAUAUGCUGUCAACAAAUGCAGCUACAAAAACCCUCUUUCUCCCCCUCCUUCGCUGGCAGUACCACUCUCCUGCCUCGUUCAGGCAUUUCCACAAACAGCUUCCCAAAGAAACGUCUCUUCUUCUUCCACAUGGCCAGACCGCAGCAGCGAUUCCGGGGUGUUCGGCAGAGGCACUGGGGCUCUUGGGUCUCCGAAAUUCGCCACCCUAUAUUGAAGACUAGAAUUUGGCUGGGAACAUUCGAAACGGCCGAAGACGCGGCACGAGCAUACGACGAAGCGGCAAGGCUUAUGUGCGGCCCAAGGGCUAGAACGAACUUCCCUUACAACCCAAAUGCACCUCAGUCAUCUACAUCGAAGCUUCUCUCGGCAACUUUGACCGCAAAACUACAUAAGUGCUACAUGGCAUCGCUCCAAAUGACAAAACCAAUAGCACAGCAGCCUCUAAAAGCAUCAUCACCACAUGUCUUUGCCACCAACGGCAUUGCCGGAAAAACCAUCGAAAUGGGUAUGCUGUUACCGGAAAAGAGACCUGCGGCCGAAGUACUAGAACUAGAGCCAAGUUGGGUCAUGAAGAAAGUCAAAGUGGAAAGUAGCUAUAGCCAACUGGCGCAGUUCAAGCCUCUUGAAGACGCUCAUAUAGAGCAAAUGAUCGAAGAACUUCUUGACUAUGGCUCCAUUGAGCUUUGCUCUGUAGUACCACCUCAAGAUCUUUAAUGCAUGUUAGCCAUAUCCACAAACAUCGAUCUCAAACACCCUUCUUCCUUCAAGUCUCUGGUAUACGUAAAUGUAUUUUGACUAUUUUCACUGCUAAUGUGAUUCAUUGAGCUAAUUUAACCUAGUUUCAUCAACCUCAUGAUCUCUCUUGGACCCAUGAAUAGUUCUAUGAAUCCUAUUCAUAGUUUUCUUCAGGGGCCCCGAUUUGAAUGAUGCCAUAUAUGCAGCAUCAAAUAUGUAAUGAUUAAUAUAUGAUAUAAGCUUCCGCUUUAGUUUUGA